AUGAAUCAUCAGACCUCUCAUUCAUCAUCACGCUUUCGUGACGUUCCAUAUCAACAACUUUCGGGACUGUUUUACAUUCGAAAUUUUAUUUCCAACGAGCAAGGUCAAGAACUUGUUUCGAACAUGGAUGGUUCCAGUUGCAGAUUACAUGAGAAGCAAGAUGAUCAUGCGGAAGAAGAUGAUGAAUUUAUGAAUUUCAAUGAUGAUACUAAAUUGGAAUCAUCCUCGCUGUGGCAAACAGAGAUCAUGUCACGACGUACCCAACAAUUUGGAUAUCAUUUCGAUUACUUUUCUGGAGGGUUGAAGAAAAUGAAUUCUGACAGUGAGGUGGUUACGAAUGCAUUGGGAAUUCCGUUCUAUUUACAAUCACUUGUGGAACGAGUACAACAAGAGCAUGAAAAGUUGAAUAUGGUUCAACGAACAACGAGCAAUAUUGUACAUCAGCAACAAUAUGAGAAAACUCUUGAAUUACCAAUUUCACAAAUUAUUCUUAAUGAAUAUUGUGGACCUUAUCAAUAUAUUAAGAAGCAUGUGGAUUCUCUUCAUUUUGGUCCUGUUGUUUCCAUUGUGAGUUUAUUACAACCUUGUGUCAUGAUUUUAUAUGAGGCUUCCCAAGAUGGCUUGCCCAAUCAAGAUUACAGUUCAAAUGAGGAUGUUAAUGAAAAGAAUGAGACAACAAGAACCUCACUACUGGAUGUCAGCAUUCCAAUUAAAGAGUUAAAGACAACAGGAAACCGAUCGAGUAUUGUGUUGGAACCAAACUCAUUGCUGAUUUUGAGUGGACUUGCUCGUUACAGAUGGAAGCAUGAAGUGAUUAGUUUGAAGGAUUAUGAAAAGCAUGGAUUUUCAGCGAAGGAAGUACUUGGUGCCGAUGCCAAUGAGGAAUUGUAUCGUAGAAUUUCCAUCACCAUGAGAUCGGUGCUGUCAACAUCAGAAGAGUAA